UUUACCCCCAAAAAAAAGAUUAGGAAAUAGAUUACAUAUUCUUGUUAUUCUGGUUUCCUCGAUCUUUUUGUUUAUAUAUAUAUAACACUACCUUCCUCUUCUUUCUUUUUCUACCGUUUGAUUAUUACUCUUUAUUCGACAAUGUAUGGUGCCAAAGGAACAACAUUUUUGAAUACUGUAGCUCGUCAAAGUGCUCUCUCCAAACAACUCGCUACUGUUCAUGCUAGUAACAAAACUUCAGCUUUUAUUACAGCCUUUCCAGCUCGUUCAGGUAAACUAUAUACUACCUCCAGAACUUUGAACAACAAUGACAACAACAAUAACAACAAGGACCAACAACAACAACAUUUGAAUGGCAAUCCUUUCGCACCACUUGCUCGUGCUUCAAAUCAACGUUGGACUUCCGGAUCUUCUACUUCUUUACAACCUAAACCUGUACAACAACAAUUACGCUUCAAAUCAGCUUUAGCUCAACAACAACCUACACAAUCUACUCUUGAAGCUUCUCCUGAACUUUUGGAAGAACCUAAUGCUCGUAUUUUGGAAUUGGCUAAACAUAAGAAUUAUGGUGCUGUUGUGGCGGAAUUUCAAGCAACGAAGACACAACAUACUCCUCUGACUACUCAAACCUAUCAAGCAGUGAUGGAAUCCUAUGGUACUUUGCAUCAAAAGAAUCAGCCUUUGACCGCUAUGUUGGGUGUUUUUGAUGAAAUGGUGAAGCAUGGUGUUCAACCUACUUCUGAAACUUAUGCUAUUGUGAUUCGAAAUUUAUGUGCAAGAGAUGCUGAAGUGAAUCGUGCCUCCAAUGUUCUUCGUCGUCAAAUGGAUACUAAUUUGGCUAAAUUUGAAGGAGUUUCUCAACAAACUUCAUCUACAGUAGGCUCUCUUCAUAAAGAUGGAUCAUCUCUUCACGCUUUGGAAUCUGAAAAGAACUUGCAACGUGCUGUGGCCAUUUUUGAGCAAGCUGUUCAAGAAAAAUCAACUCAAGCUUUUGAUGUGGAACUUUACAAUAAUCUUCUACGUGGACUUUCAUAUGUCGGAAACACUCAAGAUGGCUUGUUUAUUUAUGAACAAUUAGAAAAUGAUCGUGUGCGACCUAAUGGUACUACCUUUGCCAUGUUGAUGUCAAUGUUUGGUACAGCUGGUGAUUUGACGGCAGUCCGUGAAUGUUUCAAGGAAUACAAGUCUAUGUCUCGUAUUCUUCCAACUCAUGAUCCUUCUUAUGUUUAUAAUGCAUUGGUAUUUGCUCAUGUUAAUGCUGGUGAUCUUAAUGGUGCUCUACGUGUCGUUGAACAAACUAUGAUCAAGGAUGGUGUGCCUGUGACUAUCUCACCCUACAAUCGAAUGCUUUAUCGCGCAUGUAUGGACAAUAAUAUGGAAUUUGUAUCAAAAUUGUUGGAAAAGCUCUCGACUUCUGAACAUUUACCCAAACCCGAUGCGAAUACUUAUGGAUUACUCUUAUCAACUUAUAGUCGUAUGAAGGAUUUGGACAAAGCACAUGAUGCCUUUGAAAAUUUGUUGAAAUUGAAUCUUCGUCGUCAAUAUGGUCAUCUCAGCGAGUAUGUCAAUGCUUGUGUUAACGAACAACAAUACAACCGUGCUUUGGAAACUGUUAGAGCAAUGUCUUCUCAUGGCGUGGAAUUAGAUACAAAAGUGUGCUGCAAUGUGGUAUCUGGUUAUGUGAAAUUGGGUGAUAUGAAACAAGCAGCAGAUGUAGUGAAGGAAGUUCUUCGUAUGCAUAGCAAGACUACUUUUAUCAGGCAAAACUCUCCUUUGGUGGCAUUGGCUUUGGAAAUUGCUGGUCGCUCUGAUAAUUUGGUGGAUGCUUUGGACAUUUUACGCUUUUUGAACAAUUAUUCUGUUCGUUCUACCCCUCAAACAUCUGCUGUUCUCCUUCAAUUGUAUGAUCAGGCCAAGGCAAAUCCAACUACAUGGCAAGAAUUUGUGAACUACUGUACUGAUCGAUCUUUUUUCACCUUGUAUGAAGCUGCAUUCAAACGCAAAUCUACCAGUGAAGAUUUCUGCAAUUCUGUCUUUACUCUAUUGAAUGAUAUGCAUGCUCUCAACAUGAAUUCCAAUCCAAGUCUCUAUAUCCGGGUUAGUACACGUCUGAACAAAUAUGGUCGAGUGGAAGAUGAAGCUCGCUGGAAGAAGACUUUUGAAGAAUAUUAUCCCAACAUUCAAGAACAAAUAGAUCAAGCUCCUUCAACAACAACAACAUCAUCAUCAUCAGCAACUCCAGCAUUAUCAUCAGCAUCGUCAGUAUCAUCUGAAUCAACCGUUAGCAAAUUUCCAUUUGAUUCUACUAAAGUAGAUAUAUUGUCUGGUGAAGCUUUGAACAUGGCUCUUCGUGGUGAUUUCGACAAGGCUUUGGAUAUGAUGAAAGAAAAGAUUAUUAAUCAAGGUAUGGUUCCUACUCCUGAAACAGUACGGGAUAUGAUUCAACAUGCAAACAAGUUAAAUCAACUGGACACUUCAAAAGCCAUUUACAACUUGGUAGAACAACCUUUUAGACAAAUGGAUCCUUCUCGCCGCCAACAUGCAUUGAAUAUUCUCAACAACAAUAUGCUUAUUGCUUACGCUCGCAACAUGGAUUUGGGAAUGGCCAAGGUAUAUUACGACAAGCUUCGUGCUGCGAAUGCAUUCCCUGAUGCGGAUGCUUAUGGAUGUUUAUUAUCAUGUACAGCGAAUGAUACUACAGACGAAUCUCUAGAUGCUAUGGUGAUUUAUGAAGAAGCCAAGAGACACAAAGUGCGACCUACUGUGUAUUUCUACAAUGUAAUUAUCUCCAAAUUGGCCAAAUGUCGUAAAAUGGAUCAAGUGAUGGCUUUAUUCAAGGAAAUGAAGGAUCUUGGUGUAUCACCCAACUCAAUUACUUAUGCUGGUGUGAUUUCUGCUUGUAUUCGAUGCUCUGCUGAAAGUCGUGCUGUGUAUUACUUUGAAGAAAUGACUCGUUUGCCAAGAUAUCAACCUCGUAUUGGUGUUUUCAACUCGAUGAUCCAAUUUUAUGUGCAACAACGGAACGAUCGUGAUAAGGCUUUGGAAUACUUUCAAUUACUCAAACAAUCCAACUUGACUCCCUCUGCUCAUACCUACAAAUUAUUGAUUGAAGCUUAUGCCAAUAUUCCUGCUUUCGACAUGGUGACUGCACACAAUUUAUUGACUGAAAUGAAGAAACGAUAUGGAUUGGAUCCUACUGCUACACAUUAUGCUACUUUGAUGAAAUCAUAUGGAUGCCUUCAUCGUGAUGUGACUUCUGCUGAAGCUGUAUACAAAGAAAUGACAAAGGCUGGCGUGAAACCAAACGAAUUGGUAUAUCAAGCAUUGUUGGAUACUUACAUUAACAAUAACAAGAUGACUCAAGCUGAAAAUCUUUACAAGGAUAUGACGGAUGCCAAUGUACAAUCAUCUCCGUAUAUUGAAAAUCUGUUUAUCAAGGGGUAUGGUGCGAAUGGAGAAGUGAACAAGGCCGAAGAAGUAUUCAACAAGAUGAAAGAUAAUCAACAAUCUGAAAAUAACAACAAUGUUAUCCGGGAACCCAGUACAUAUGAAGCGAUGGUCAAAGUAUAUAUGGAUCAUGAUCAAGUUACCAAGGCCAAAGAAGUAGUGAACAUGAUGAAGCAACGUGAUUUCCCAAUCAAGGUGGUAGAUAGUGUUCUCCUUUUGACUGAAGAUACUACUUCUUAAACGUUUUAUUGUUAUAUAUUCUUAUUGUUUUUAUUAAUUUUUUAUUUAUCAUCAUCGUCAUCAUCAUCAUCAUCAUCAAAUUAUCAUCAUCCUUAUUGUUAUUAUUAUCACACUUUGUAUAGUUAUAUCUGUUAUAUAGAUUGUCGUUUUUUAUUUAUAUUAUUG